CCAAAGUGCUUCUUUCUAGUCUGUUUUACUCUCAGAUAGUUGCAUCUAAGAAGUGUAAUCGCUUAUCAGUGGAAAGCCAAUGAAAUAUUUUCUGCCCUUUAUACACCCCCAAGACACUCGUCAUGUCAAUGUGAAAAACUGCUUAUAACUGUAGUGUUGAAUUUCAUUGCUAGAGAUAACGUGAUUCUCGGUUACCUUUUCACACCUUGCCUCAAUUGCAUGUAUUAAGUUGUGGGUGCAUGCAACCUCCACAUAUCCAAGAUGAUCCUUUUUCAUCUCGACAUCUUGAGAAAAUGGGACUUGCAAAAUGAUCGCUUGUGCUGCACCCUUAUCCCUAGGCAGAUAAAUACGUAGUCAACAAAGCAUGCAUAUGAUUUCUUAUACUUCUGGUUCAUUGAAUUCUCCUUUAGGUAUUGUCUUCUUCUCCAUAGGUAGAAGAAGCCCCUCCUCUCUCCUCUAAGGAAUGCACUGUGUGCUGCGUAACAAUCACGGCUUCACUCCGGAUAUAUGAUUUCUACUCUAGAUGAGGCAAUCUCAAGGGGUCAUCCUCCGACGCGGCGAUUCACCUAAUAGGCCUCAUGCCCUCACCACACCACCAGCUUCUCUGUUAAGGCUGAUAAUGCCCGUUCGAGUGGAUCGGGGCUGACCUUCGGGGUUGAGAAUGGGAGGUUGGCGGGGAGCGAGGUGGGGUGGAAAAGCACAUGGGGCGCUGCGAGGACCAAUGUAUCAGGGUUAUAAAGACUUGUUUUGAUUACUCAUGCAGCAACACUCGCAUGGUUAGUUAUGUACGACAUCCAAGAAAAGGUUCUCAACCACCGUUAAGCGCACUUCCCGCCUGAGUUUGGGCUCUUUCUCUGUCCUUCCUUGUGCAUUAUGGGCUCCAGGGCAUCCAUGUGGCCUAUGCCCCAUGGUGGCAUUAGAAACCUUAGCGAUGUAUAAAUUUAUACGCGGAAAAGUGUUCCUUCAGGGCAUCGUCCAAACCUCUACCCUAAAAUCCAGAACCUAGGAUCCAAUAAAGAUACCUGAGCUUGUCAAUGCUCGAUGUUUAACUGUAUGAAGAGUUUUGCAAAGAGUUUUAUGUAUUGAGAAGGCGAGAAGGUGAUAAAAAAGGGAAGUACUCAUAAGCAACUAUAGCAUUCAUGGCACACGUGUCUUUUUAACCAAUGAUACCCUUUAAGGCAAUCCAUUCUCUAUUAUUUUUCUUUAAUAGAUCAUAGUUGUCUUUACUGUCCAUAAAGUUUGAGUAUUUUACAGGUUUCAGAAGGACUCGUUAAUAAACAAGAGUUUUUUGUGGUGAUUCAUUGUUAGAUAUCUUAUUUUCAUUCAAUCCUAACGGCCAUACAAUUAUAGUCACAAAUGAUCUCUGAGGUCCCGAGGAAUGCAAUCUUUGCGGAAAAUUCGAGCAGGCUGUUGCACGACCAGAAGGAUACUAAAGAUGGGACCCCCCUUCAGGGCAUAUUGACCCACCCCAGCCUCCUCAAAGACUCCACCGUGGACUUCAACCCCGGGCCGCACAACAUGAUGAGCAGCGGGCCGGACGCCUUCAGCCUGCCUCUUUCGUGGUGGAAUCUGAGCUAUCGGGUGGGCGACGUCCAGAUCCUGGACGGCCUGACAGGCACCGCGUUGCCAGGCCGCUGUCUGGCGAUCAUGGGCUCUUCUGGCGCGGGCAAGACGACCUUUCUCAACGCGAUCUGCGACCACCUCGCGUCCGGGGGGGCGAUCAAGCUUUCCGGGAGUCGUCAGCUCGGCGAUAUCAAGUACGAGCGGCGCUUUCGCAAGGCGUUGGGGUUCGUCACGCAGGACGACAUCCUCUCCCCGAUGGGCACCCCGUACGACGCGAUGUGGUUCGCCCUGCGGACGCGACGCGGCACGGACCGCGUGGAGACGCACGAGCGGGUGAUGGAAAUGCUCGAGACGCUGCAGAUGGCGCACUGCAAGGAUACGAUCGUCGGCAUCCCAGGCCUCGUCAACGGCCUUUCCGGCGGGGAGCGGAAGCGGUGCAGCAUCGGCGUCGAGCUCGUCUGCGAUCCCAAAGUGCUGCUGCUUGACGAGCCGACCUCGGGGUUGGAUUCGGUGACCUCCGUGAAGCUGGUGAGGCAGCUGCGGGAGCUCGCGCGCGCCGGCCGCACGAUCCUCUAUACCAUCCACCAGCCCACCGCGGAGGUGCUCUCGUCUUUCGAUGACCUCAUGCUCUUGACGGGGGGCCGCUGCGCCUACCACGGCCCGAUGGCGGAUUCCCUUGACUACUUCGAAUCCAUCGGCUUCAGGUGUCCCGAGCACUACACCGCGGGGGAUUACUUCAUGAUGCUGAUGCAGGACGAGCGGACGUCGCACGUGAUUGUGGAGCGGUGGGAGCAACACCUGGCGAGCGGCAAGCACACCCCGCACACCACCUCCAUCCCGCUUGCAGAGAACCCUAACGAGUCCAACGCCGCGAAGUUCUUGAAGUUGUAUAUUAAGAGUUUUCGCAGCUCCUCGUUCGUCCAACUCCGAGAGGUAUUUCUUCUCCGAACCAGGGAGAUAACGCGGGAUAGGGCGUUUAUUUUGUCAGUCGCUGCACAGAAAAUGUUCUUUUCCAUUAUUGUUAGUUUGAUCUAUUUGCGUCUUGGUAAGGACAUCGAAAGCCUUCAAGAUCGUGCGGGCCUUCUAUUUAUGGUUAUCAUCAACAGUGCCUUUUCGUCCGUUUUCGUUAUCAUGGGCUUUUUUACCAAGGUUCGCCCAGUUUUCAUUCGUGAACAGAAUGCCGGUGCCUACUCACCGCUUGUUUACUUUGCUGGCACCAUGAUCGCUCACUUCCCACCAAUGGUUUUUUUUUGUUUUUUGGAAUGUGUUAUCAUAUACUUUCUAGCUGGUCUCUACCCUUCGGCUGGAGCUUUUAUUUACUAUUUUUGUGUUCUUGCGGUACAUCAGGAAGUUAGUGUAGCGCUUGGAUUUAUGCUUUCAGUUUUUUUCAAAUCGUUAAUGGUUGCUAUAAGCAUGGCACCGCUGACCGUUGUGCCACUACUUGCAGUAGGGGGUUACUUCGCUAGUUUGGAUGCAAUACGACCGUAUUGGUAUGUGCUUGAAAAGCCUUCUUUCCUUCGCCAUGGCUUCAUCCUUCUGAUGCGCAAUGAGUUCAAGCGUCUUGAUCAUAUUGACUGCAACGUGAAGAAGUAUGGUGAGCUGUUCUGCCACUUUCAACCUCACAGCGGCAAGGAUGUGCUAGUGACUAUGGGCUUCGACACGGAUCCACAGUCAACAGAUCUGUAUAUGUGGUUGUCACUGGCUGCCAUGUGGUUGAUACUUCGAAUUCUAUGCGUUAUUUCUUUAACUAUGGUCUCUCGCCAAAAGCUUUAG